CGGAUGGAAGUCAACAUCAGUGUUCAGUAACACACCCUGAAGUGGAUAUAUUUGAGUUAAAAUGUGAAAAGUGGAUUACAGAAUACGCAACUGACAUUACCAGGAAGGAUGAAAUAGGUCGUAGCAUGCUCCACCAAGCGGCAAAACUUGGAAAUAGAACUGUUGUCAUUUUAAGUCUAAAAUCUGGCUGCAAUGUAGAUGAUCAAGAUAGUCACGGAAACACUGCUCUCCACUAUGCAGCAAUGUUAAAGAAAAAACAGUGCGUCUGUGUCUAGGAUACUUAUUGAAGGCAGAGCAAGCAUUGAGGUGGUCAACAGAGAUGGAUACACACCGCUACAUUGUGCUGUCACUAAGGAGGACUUGAGACAGUUGAACUCUUUGCAGAGAAAAAGUUUGGAAAUAAAGAGAGCAAUCCUACAUCCAGCAACCCUACAGACGUAUCAUAUCUUACAAAACUCAUGGUCGAACAUGGAGCAGACGUCGACGCUCUCAACAAAGAAAAGCUCACACCAUUACAAGUGGCUGCUUCGUGGCAACGUUUUGAUGUUGUUGCAGUUUUACUUACUGAAGGCGCGGACGCGAAUGUUGUCGAUACAAAUGGUCAAACACCACUGCACCAUGUAUAUGGGUCAAACCAGAAAACUGGUGCAGUUUCUAAGACACACAGACUACAGGAAGCACCGAGAAUAAGUUAUGUUGGGUCCCAAUCUGUGGAUACAGAUGAACCUGAUAAUGAUGGAGCUAGUGAAGCUCAAUCUUCAAAGUUAAACAUACCAGAUAGUGCAGGUAAUACUCCACUCCACAGUGCACUCACGGGAAACUUCACACAAGGAGCUAUCACUCUAGUGAAAGCUGGGGCAAGUGUAAAUACCAAGAACAAUAUAAUGGAUACACCCCUCCAUACACUUGCGGGAAAUACAAACACGGAGAUUACUAAGAGCGAAAAUAAUGCCGUGAUAAAGGUUAUUGAAUGCAGCAGAGAUGUCGAUGUUAAAGAUAACAGUGGUAAUACACCACUAAUGCUGGCUGUCGAGAUGAACAAAGACAUCUCACCACUGCUCAAAGCUGGAGCGGAAGUCAAUGCUAAAAAUAAACAUGGCGGUGCAUCACUAAUCAUAGCUGUUCAAAGGGACCAUGUGAAAAUGGUAGAAACAUUAAUAAAGGCCGGAUCUGAUGUGAACAUGAGCAAUUCACAUGGUGAUACAGCUUUGAUGCUAGCUGUAGAGAGGGGAUGUGAGGAAAACGUUUCAGCAAUAGUCCAAUGUGGGGCGGAUGUAAAUGCUUCCAAUACCUGUGGUGAAACAGCGCUCCACAAAGUUGUUCAGCAUGCAAUAUCAAAGCAAUGUAUGUAUGUACAUGCGAGAAGAAACGUUGAGGAAAAAAGGUAA